AUGUCAAUAAAUCCAGCAACCAUAAUUACCCUUCGAAGUAAAGCAACAAUAAUCAAAGGAUUAAUAAUAAUUAUAUCAGCAUUAAUAAUAGCCUAUAUAUUAAUUAAUGAGUCUGGAUUGAGGAGAAUAUCAAGAAUAAAUUUAAUUAAAAUUAAAUCAAAAAUUGAAGAAGAAAUGCCUCAGAAAAAAGAAGAAAUUAAGGUUACUGAAGAAGUUAGGGAGGAAGAAAUUGAGGAGAAAAUUAGGGAAGAAGAUAAAUUUGAAAUUAAAACUACAAGUACAACUACAAUUAAAAUAACAACUCUGAAAGCUAAAGAAGAAGAUAAUGAAGAUCAACUUAUCGAAAUAGCAAAAAUAUGGAGAGUGGAACAAGACAAUUUAACACUCUGUCCAGAAAUCCCUCCAAAUCUAAAAGGCAAAAUCGAUGUAGAUAUGCGUUCUCUAAAAUUGGAAGAAAUUGAGGAAGAAUAUAAAGAUUUGUGGCCUGGUGGGCAUUGGAGACCUAAAGAAUGUAAAUCCAGGCAGAAAGUUGCUAUUGUUGUGCCUUAUAGAAAUAGAGAACCUCAUUUACGAACAUUUCUUCAUAAUAUUCAUCGGUUUUUACAAAAACAACAAUUAGAUUAUGCAAUAUUUGUUGUUGAACAAAUGGGAGAUGAAUUACCUUUUAAUAAGGGGAGACUGACAAAUAUUGGUGUUUUGGAGGUAGAAAUUUAA